UGUGUGAAAAGCUUUGGACGUGACGUGCGCUGAUAAGCCCAAGACUAGGCCGAUAAGACUGCGCCAAUGACGUCAAGAGUAAUAGGAAAUGUUUUAAUUAAAAGUCCAGGGCAAGAAGAAGAGCAUUCAAGUGAACAGCGUGUGCUUAGAUUAAAACAGUUAUUAGGCGUGUCCACUGCCGUCAGUACAAACUUGCCCGCCUUGGGGGAAUCAACUGGGGGACUAACUGGGCCUAAACGAUCAGAGCCAUGUCCAUGGUAUGGAUGGGCACCUUCAAGGUGGUCAUGAUCGUGGGCAUUACCUGGCUGGUGGUUAGACGCUCUGUCUGUCUCUCUAUAGGAACGCUUACAGUCGAGGAGGUCUACAAAGAUCGCGACCAGUUCGCAGCUCUGGUGCGCGAGGUGGCCGCACCUGAUGUCGGCCGCAUGGGCAUCGAGAUCUUGUCCUUUACCAUCAAGGACGUCUACGACGAUGUGCAGUAUCUGGCCUCGUUGGGCAAGGCCCAGACCGCUGUGGUUAAGCGGGAUGCCGACGCGGGCGUUGCGGAGGCAAAUCGUGAUGCCGGCAUUCGUGAGGCCGAGUGCGAGAAGAGCGCCAUGGAUGUGAAGUACUCGACGGACACCAAGAUCGAGGACAAUACGCGCAUGUACAAGCUGCAGAAGGCCAACUUCGAUCAGGAGAUCAACACGGCCAAGGCCGAGUCGCAGCUGGCCUACGAGCUACAGGCGGCCAAGAUACGCCAGCGCAUCCGGAACGAGGAGAUCCAAAUCGAGGUCGUCGAGCGGCGCAAGCAGAUCGAGAUCGAGUCGCAGGAGGUGCAGCGCAAGGAUCGGGAACUUAUCGGCACCGUCAAGCUGCCAGCCGAGGCCGAGUCGUAUCGCGUCCAGACCAUUGCCCAGGGCAAGCAAUGCCAGACCAUUGAGGGUGCACGGGCCGAGGCGGAGCGCAUACGGAAGAUCGGUUCCGCGGAGGCCCAUGCCAUUGAGCUGGUCGGCAAGGCGGAGGCGGAGCGCAUGCGGAUGAAGGCGAAUGUCUACAAGCAGUACGGCGAUGCGGCCAUCAUGAAUAUAGUGCUGGAGUCGUUGCCCAAGAUUGCCGCCGAGGUGGCCGCCCCAUUGGCCAAGACGGAUGAGAUUGUGCUAAUUGGUGGCAACGAUAAUGUGACCAACGAUGUGACACGCCUCGUUGCACAGCUGCCGCCCUCGAUCAAUGCGCUGACCGGGGUGGAUCUGUCCAAGGUGCUGGCCAAGAUACCCGGCGCCAAGGCGUGAAACCUAAUCGAAUGGGAUGUGCAGCAAAUGGCAUUGACGACGUAACCCCCAAAGGAAUUGCAACUGGAAAUGAGAGAGCGAGCAGAGAGAGAGAGGGAGCAGAGAGAGAUCGAGAGGAGUUAACCAAAAACGAGAAUGAGAACGAAAGAGAGAGCGAACGAGCGAAAGAGAGAGAACGCAUUUGUUAGAGCGAGCUGGCGAGCGCAUCAGAAAUCAAAGGAAUCGAACGAUAAUCUUACAUAUAUAGAUAUAUAUAUAUAUAUGUAUAUACAUAUGUCAUAUAGCAUAUAGCAAAAUGUACUCCGAUAUUAUAUGUAUAUGUGUGUGUCAGUGUGUGUAUGUGCCACACCACGGCAAAAGGCCUGGCCCGGGCAUAGUUGGAUAAAUCAGUUAAGCAAUCAGAUAUCCAGCUAAAGCUAAAGCUUAUAUCUAAAAUUAAUGCAUUUCGCAAGCAUUCGCAAACGCAUUUUGUGGCCUUUUCUCGAUAAAUAAGCAGAGAUUACCAAAAAAAAAAAAAAAAAAAAAUACCAAAAAAAAAUACCAACAAACAAAUUUGUAAACAAAAGUUUAUUGUGCAGUGUGUUAGUUACUUACAUAUAUGUAGAUACACUUAUAUACAGACAUAUAUAUAUAUAUAUAUGUAUAUUCACAUACGUGCACACACACAUACACAUACACAAACAUGUGUAUUUGUAUUUGCAUUCGUAACUGUAUUUGUGUUUGUAUUUGUCGUCAUCGCUGUCCAUUUAGUCCAUAAGCUGAACUACAGUCGCACAAAACCAUCAAAAAAAAACGUUUCUUUAACAUGAGCAUCAACUGAAACAAUGCUGCAAGUUGCAACAGUUUGUUGCUUUGCAACACUGUCCGCAAUUUAUUUUCCGACCACGCAUUGAGUUCAAACUACAAUUACUGCCUGAUCGCAUUGACAUCGUCCCACUGUGCCAAACGGGACCAACGGGCAACACCUUUCACUUACGCACACUUAGUUCAGUGCACACUUUACAACACUACUUUUACUAUGACGCCACUGUCGCCGCCGCUCUUCCACCCACACACACACACACACACACACACACACACAUAGACACCAACACUCUUACAACAUGCGUUCGAAUUAUUAAAAUUCUUUGUAAAAUGUUUACUUUUUAUUAUGCACAUUCAUUUAUAUUGUUUAUAAUUAUAAUUUUUUUUGUUUUUAAGAAUUUCUCUCACCAUUUUUUUAAACAUUUCACAAUUUGUUUCUUAGUUUUUAGCAAAAAAAAAAUACAAAAUUUAAGCAAAAAUUACAACAAACAAAAUUAUCACAAAAACAUAAGAAAAAUACUAAACAAAAUAUCAAUUUAAACAAUUUAAAUUUAGUUAAAGCAAUUUUGUAAGUCCACAUAAUGUCAUUGUCCCCUGUAACGAUUAAUGAACAACUCUGUGGAGUUAUCAAAAUACGAUAUUUGUGCGAAAUCUCAA